AUGCAAGAGGGUUUUCAUCAGGGAUCAUCAAAAUUGAAGCUGAAAAGAAGGAAAAGAGAGGUAAUAGAUGUCCACGGAGGCCGAAUUGUUAGAUCCAUGGGACGGAAGGAUAGGCACAGCAAGGUAUGCACUACAAGGGGGACUAAAGAGAGACGUGUUAGACUGUCGCCAAACACUGCAAUUCAAUUCUAUGAUUUGCAAGAUAGGCUUGGCUAUGAUCGUCCGAGCAAGGCCCUCGAUUGGCUGAUGAAGAAGGCCAAAUCUGCCAUUGAUGAACUUGAUCAAUCAGAGAAUCAAAAUGCUGAAAAUGUUAUGCAAUUAGCUGAUCACCAAGCAGAUGAAGGAUUUCAAGAUAACAGCCAAAAGGAUACACUUAGGAAGGAUAAUCCCAGUUAUCACAACGACCAUUUUAACUCGAAAAGCAAAAUUCAUGGCCAGAGCCUUCAUUACUCUAGCCAAUAUAUCCCGGAUGACUCUAUCAUCUCUGGUUAUCAGCAAGGCCUAUUCUCCGUGUCAACUCUUUCCCAUUUGGAUUCAGACCUGGAAAUGGCUGCAAUCCCAAGACAUUUCAGUUGGCAUGAUAGUGUUAAUUCAGGUCAAUUCUUUUCUCAAAGGGAACCCCUUCAGUCCACUACUUGUCCUCGCAUGAGUCAUGCUCUGUCGAGUACCCAAUUUUGCGGCGUCAGCCUCUCUGGCAAUGAAAUAUCCAAAUUUACUGCUGAACCAAGGGAAGUAGAGGAAAAAGAGAGUAAUUCAAUUUCCAUGAAGCCAUCUUCCGGUACGCCGUUUUCUCAUUAUGAAGACUUGCUGGAUUUUAAUCCUCUUCCUACACACAAUACUUGA